UGUGCUGUAUUGAGAGGCACCUCCCUGCAGGCUGUCAUGGCGGUUUGACGUAUGGACGUCGCCAUAAUAGCGAUGGACGUCAAACAGUCUAUGACCCGGAACGAAAACAAAGUUUAACCCGGAAUGGGAGUUUUUUUUUCUCGGAGGCGGAGAUUUACUUUCUUCCAAGCACUAGUUUUCGACACGCGAGUAUUAUUCAACAUGGCGGAGAAUACGAAGAUGCACGUGUCAAUUCUGGAGAAGGAUGGCUGCUUGGAGCAAAGGCAGUUGGCGUUUGGGUUUGGGUGUCCACUUUGCCCCAAUUUCAAGGUUGUAGCUGAAGGGGUGAUCCAAAGGCACUUGGGAAACCACAUUACAAAUGGAGUACAUUUCCAGGAUUACAUAAUCUGCAGGUGCAAUUUGCCUUGUAGAGCAGUAGGCCACUUUCAUUGUCCUUUUUGUUUCAAGACAAUCACUCGCAAGGAACAUAUGACGUCACAUCUGAGACUGUGUCCAAAAAAAAGUACAGUGGUUCAACCCAUGCCGUUAGCAUCCUGUAAGCCAAUUUCACAGGAAAGUCAAUCCUUAAAAGAAAAUAUGGUGUAUUCAGAGCACUCGUACUUCCUGGCAAUCCCUGAGAUCUCACAAGAUUCUGACCACUCCUAUGCACAACCUGAAUCACCCAAGACCCCCGCAUUUGCCACAGAUAUUGAUCAGUCUAAUCCAGCUUCCACCCCAAACCGCUCUCUUAUUCCAGAAGACUUUAAUCCUCAACAUAAGGAUUUCAGCCCUCAAGAAGAAAACUUGACUCCUCAACAGAAAAAUGUCACCCCUCAAGAAGAAAACUUGACUCCUCAACAGAAAAAUGUCACCCCUCAAGAAGAAAACUUGACUCCUCAACAGAAAAAUGUCACUCCUCAAGAGGUAGUCUUCAUCCCUGAAGAGAAAGGCUUGACUCUUCAAAAGGAAGACUUCACUCUUCCAUCAACCCAUAUAAAGUGUCCUCACUGCCCAUUGAGCUUAUACAAACAGAAUUUGGCUGUACACAUCAAGAGAAUGCAUACCCAACUGGAGGAUGUUACAGCAAGCUCCCACUUAAAAACUGUCUGUGUUGACCAAAUCAAUGGGAUUUAUGCUGUCAGGAAAACAUCUCAUGGUUUCAGUGUGCCAGUACAUGUGCAACGUAAGACAUGGGGUCAAGAUCAACACACUAAAUGUGAAUUGGAGGAUUGUCGUCAAUAUCACUUGCUUGCCCGACGCAGCGGACUGCCUCACAGCAUGUGCCAUCACGUUCGAUCUGUGGACUACUGUAGUGCCACAGCCACUGGAGAGCCACUACAACAACAAGUUUUGGAUGAAAUGGUGGAAAACCAUUUUUUUGGCCUCUCCAAGGUAAAUGUGUGCAAAAAAAGGCAAAGAGAAUCAGAGGAAGCGCACGUUCCACUGUCAGUUUUCGUGAAUCUUAGUGAUUCUAAAAAUAACAUCUGCUUUUCAAUUUAUGAACCCAAGUUACACCAUUACAGCACUCUGGGCAGGGUCAUAGUCACCCACAACACAAAGAAGAACAGCUGGCAUUGUCCCUGUGCAAAGGCACGCACAUCUUGUACACACAAGAGCAUCGCCAAGUGGCACCUUUUUCAAACGCACAAGCACCUUUUUGUGACUACACCACUUUCAAAUACAACAUCACAGUCAACUCCCCAUCCCAGUCAUUCUCCCACAACUGAUUUGGCAAGAAUUGUGAAGUAUGUAUUUGAAUUCAAAAAAAUACCUGCCACUCUACCAGAAGAAGUCACAGCUCAGAGAGCUCUGCCAGACUACAGGAAGCAUUUGCUCCCAGAUGAAUCAACCUGUCGGCUGUGUCCAGACCAUCCAGAACUUCAGGAGGCCACAUUAGUUACAAACAAAGCCAGAAUUGUUGGCAUGCAAGGCGUGAUUCAAAAUGUCUCAACAUACAAGAAACGUUGCCCCAGUUGCAAGUUGUUCUAUCGAUAUCAGGAGUGGAGAGAUGGACUUCACAACUUUAACGACCAUGUCAUUAUUACUCUUCAGCUUUGUGUGUACUUGAGACACAAUCUCCAGAAUCACGUAUCUGUGUCUCGGGUUAUUAACUCUCUUGAGAGUUUAUUGAGGGUUGAGUUCCCAGCCACCGACCUCAUCUUUCAGGGGUACUGCCAUUUUGAGGCCCUUUCCAACACAGAGUACACAUACUCUUGUGUUAAUUGUGGCUUCUACCCUCCUGUUGUUGUAAUGGACCUACACAGAAAAGGAGUGUUCAGCUUUGAAGUCAGUGAACUGGAACAACCAGGCAGUGAAUUCCAUGGUGAGCACAACAUAGUCUCAUUCUGGGAAUCUGUUCAUCUGCACAUGAUCAGCCGAGGAUUUUUCAAGCUCCCUUCACAGAACCCGUUUGUUGUUAGCCCUUCAUACGAGAACUGGGCACCCUGGAUUGGAGUGGAGACUCGUAGUGGCAACACCGUCUUAAACACAGAGUUCCAGAAGGUGCCACAGCAGAGAUCUACUGGUGAACCUCAGCUGGACAAUGUGACGGAGGACCGCCUUGUUGAUGAGCUACUUAAACAAAAGCUAUCAACUAUUCGAAAACUUUGCAAAAGUUGCAACAUGGACACAAAGGGGUCACGAAUGGACCUGAUUAACCGGCUGCGAGGGGAGAUGAAAAGCAGGCAGACCUAUGACAAGGUCUUUCAAUCAGUUUGGGGAGCCUCUGGUGGCUGGUCUGUCAUAAUGUGUCCCCAUGGCAUUGUGUACAGUGUCAAGUUCAACUUGAGAGCAGAAAGCCCAAGGGAUUAUGCAGACCUCCUAUUGUCAUGGAAGCACUUACCAAAUGUCUGCAUUUAUGACUUUGCCCGUGGAUUGGUGGCCCAUGCCAACCUCAGAUUUCCAGAAACCCCCCCAUUCCAACCUUUUGAGGGAAGGCUUGCUGAGCCAACAUCAAAUAAUGUUGAGGCUGCUUCCCAUGGCAACCUUAAAGUUCAGCUACCUUGGCUGCUUGAAAAGCUCCCAGACUCAGAGGAAUACGGUCAUCCCGUAACAGGCUCCAGCAAACAUUUUGUCCUGUAUGAUAAAUUUCAUCAGGACAAUACCAAAGACCCACUGGAUGUCCUGAGAAGGAUCGACAUUGUUCCUGAACUGCAAGGAACUUUAAACAGCCAAGUUGCGGAGCAACUGUUUGCCUGUCUGAGGAAGAACAACUACUUCCUCAACAACAUGGGACCUUCUGCUCACAUCUUUCUGAUGCGAAACAUCAUAGAGCACAGAAAUGUGAAUCUAAACGAAAAAAUGAUUAAAAGACAGUUGAGAAGAGGUGUUCAACAAAUGAAAACGAUGACACAGUCACCCUUGGGCCAAGUGAUACUGGGUCAGGAAACAUCCCACGAUACACAAAGUCUGGCCAAGGAAACCAAUCCAAAGACCCAGUGUCAAGUGGAAUCUGAUGUUGCCACUCCUGAAACAGUUUCACUUCAGUCCGACGAAGAAAGACUCCAUUGCGGGCCCCAUUGUGCAAGUCUGACAGAGUUGGACAAUGUGGAAGCUGAGCGCUCCUGCUGGUCAUUUGACAUCCAUCAAAAUCAAGAGCAAGUGCUUCAGUACAUCUUGGAUACAAGGAGCCCAGGAAACGAACUCCUUGUUCAAACAGAAAGGCAAACAUGCCUUACACGGUCGGACUUCUUGACCCUUGGCCUGAGGCGAGAAGUGGAGUCAACCAUUCUGAACGCCUGUUUUGAAAUGAUGGAAAGGAUUGCUCUUUCAAAGGGAAAGGAUGUCUACACUGUAGACCUGUACGUCUCUCCAACCUGGCUACCACCAAUGAAUGUUGAUCCGAUGGCAAGUCUACCUAGUCAAGCCCAUCUGAAGGAUUUUAUCUUAUUCCCUCUGUGGACACCUGGACAUUUCCAGAUCUGUGUCAUCAAGCCAGAGCAGAAAGAGAUUCUCUUUCUAGACUCCCUCUAUGCUCAAACCAACUUGGGAUUUAGAGCCCAGCAGUUCAUCCCACUCUUGAGGGCUGUUGCACUGAAAAUAUGUCCAGGUGCAUGGACAGAGUUGACGGGCAAGGAUUUAGUGGGCUUCCCAAAGCAAGAUUCUGGGGUAGACUGUGGGGUUUUCAUGCUAAUGGCUGCGCUGUAUAUUGUGCUGGGGGAAAAUUUUGACUACUCCAUUCAUGACAUGCCAGUUUUGCGGAGGUGGUGGUGCCUGCUGUUGUUGGAAAACAACUCUUUAAACGGUUAUGGACAGCUCUUUGCACACUGGACAACAGAGUGCCAGGACCUCCUUGAUGGGAAGCACGCCCCAGUUAUCAGGCUGAAGAGGAAGCGUGUUCAAAACCCUGAGACAGAACGUGUGUGCAUGGCUGACCCGCUGAAGUUCUGUAUUUUUCAAACUUCAAAAAAAAAAACACAGGACAAAGACUCCUGUACCCAGAUGUUGAACCUCUUCAGUGGUUGCAGUGCCAAACCUGCAGCGGAUGGCUUCACCAGGACUGCGCUGGAGACUGGAGACUACAGCAAAGUCUUGGAAAAUGAAUCCUUCGACUGUGGAUGCACAGAUUUGCCUGACAGCACUGGGUUUGGGAAGUCUGUGGAAGAGGAAGACAUUCUGUCGCUCUUUCCUGCUGAUAUGAUCAAGGCACUGCAUGAGGACCUGACCACAGGGAAACUGCGCUCCAAUAGGAUGUACCUGUGGCAGAACCCAAUGUCCUCAUUAACCUUGAAACAAGAUUUGAAGCUGAGGACCCUAAACUUGAGUGACCAGCGGAUUUUUCAGCUACUGAGGACCAUUGAGGAGGCCACAGGAGUCGGGUCCUUAAUCCGACAAGGGGAGAUCCAGCUCCUGGAUUACGUUUUUGAUGUCAUGCUCCCAGAAAUCCUGAUAAGCAUCCUGAUUAACAAGGGAAAGACCAGGCUGCAGGCGGAGAUUCUGCUGCCAAAGGAGGGAUUUUUUAAAUAUGUUGCAUUUAUUUUGUUAUUGUUCUGUUGUUUAAGAGUUGGGUGUUCAAUUUUACUUUUUAUAAAUGUUGAAAUGUUGUUGUUUGAUUUUUAAUUACUUACAAAUAAA